UCCGGGCUGCGCCGUAAGCGCGGAGGAGCCGGGGCUGCGCUCGCGAGAGCCCCGGGGGAGGGCGCGGAGCUGUGUCGAGCGCCUGGAGCGGGUCGGGAACGGUUCCUUCCCGCCGGGGAGGGGGGAGCUAAGCAGGGCCCUUCCAGUCGUUGGGAGCGGUAGGGGCGUGUGCGCGGAGGGGGGCGGCUGGCCCGCCCCGCCGUCCCGCUUCUCCAUGCGGGCGGCGGCGGAGAGUGCGUGUGGCGCGCGGGGCGCCGGGGGCAGCGCGCGGUGCUGAGAGGCCGCGGCCGGAAGAGACGAUGGCCAAAUGGCUGAACAAGUACUUCAGCCUGGGCAACAACAAGACCAAGAGCCCGCCGCAGCCUCCGCGGCCCGACUACCGAGAGAAGUGCAACAGUGCCGGCAGCGUGCCCCGCCCCGACGGGCCGCCGCACCUCCACCGUCACCACCACACCUCGCCGGGCUUUCCGCACCGCUGCCUGCGCGACGACACCAGUGACCUGCUCCGUGCCUACCGUGCCCAGAAAGACCGCGACUUCGAGGACCCCUACAGUGGGCCUGGCUCGUCCCUGCGCAAGUUGCGUGCCAUGUGCCGCCCAGACUACUCCGUGCCCGAGGACCUGGGCGAGGCGGCCCCAAAGGCUUUCUCCUCCUCGUCGUGCUGCGCCAUGCCCCCCACCACCUGUGCAGCCGGCUCCCCGCACCUCUUUCGCAGCCACAGCGAACGCCGUCCGGUGACACCACCUGAUGUGAAGUACAUCUCUCCCAAGCACCGGCUUAUCAAGGUAGAGAGCGGUAGUGGCAGCGAUGGCACAGGCAAGAAGCUCAGCAGGGGCUCCAAGCAGCUGGUGACCUCUGUCCCCUCUGCCAUGAAAGAUAAAGUAUUCAUAGCUGAUGACUACUCAGAUCCCUUUGAUGCCAAAAGUGAGUUGAAUAGAAUGGGAAAAGGGGAGAACGCUGGCUAUAUGGAACCGUAUGAAGCCCAGAGAAUAAUGACUGAGUUUCAGAAGGAGGAAGGCAUGAAGUCCCAUCCGAAAAGCAUGCAGCUCUAUGACACACCCUAUGAACCAGAAGGCAGUGGUGUGGAAUCGGAUUCUGAAAGUGUGGUGAGUCAACGUUUACGAGAAAGCAAAUUGCCACAGGAUGAUGACAGGCCUUCAGAUGAGUAUGAUCAGCCAUGGGAGUGGAACAAAGUCACCAUCCCAGCUCUGGCAGCCCAAUUUAAUGGAAGUGAGAAACGGCAAGCAUCUCCUUGUCCCUCAAAUGACCAGCGCAGGCAGUUAAGAGCACCUGGAGGAGGCUUUAAACCCAUCAAACAUGGCAGUCCAGAAUUUUGUGGGAUCCUGGGAGAGAGAAUAGAUCCAACUAUUCAACUGGAAAAGCAGAUAUGGUAUCAUGGAGCAAUCAGUCGGACAGAUGCUGAAAACCUGUUACGUUUAUGUAAAGAGUGUAGCUACCUUGUAAGAAAUAGUCAAACAAGCAAGCAUGACUAUUCUCUUUCACUGAAGAUAGGGUCUGAUGUGGAAUCUGCCCUUCCAAGUAAGUCUGGGACACAGGCCUACUUACCUUUUUCACAAGCAUUACUCCUGCCAGUUUGGCUUUUACAUGGUUUCUUCAUCGGUCUGUUCUGGAAACACACUAUGGAGCAGCCAAGGUUUUAUGCACAUGAAACUGACGAAAACCAAAGAGAAAUACAUCUUGGGUCAGAACAGCCCUCCCUUCGACAGUGUUCCUGAAGUCAUCCACUACUACACCACAAAAAAGCUGCCCAUCAAAGGGGCAGAACACUUGUCACUGCUCUACCCUGUGGCUGUGCGGACUCUCUAAUAAUCUAGUCUCACCCCUUCCUGUGGAUGGGAGGUGAGAAGUAAGCUGGGUUGCACAUAAUUCAUUGCCGGAAUUCAGUGCUUGAGUCUGUGAUGGAGAGCGGCAGCCUUUAUUCUUGGGAACAUGGGCACUCUGCAGUUGUGUAUGGGACUGUGUGUAUAGAGUCUUAUGCUGCAGCAUGCCUCUAGAACUGUGCUUCUACAUAAGAGAAAGAAAUCUUAUUUUAGUGCAAGCAGAACAGAUAACCUUCCACAGAGCUUCUCUGUGAGUAAAAGUACUUCCUAAUGAAAGUUCUUUCUCAGUGUUUUGAGAAGAAUCGACAAGUUCUACUCAGCAGUAAAACACCAGCGACUUUUAUUGUCUUACUACCCUGAGAAACUUCUGCAUGUGAAAGAGUAACCUGACUCUGAGGCACCCCAGGGUGUUCUUGGUGGACCUGAGAAGGAGCUGCCUAGCAGGCAAGUCUUUGUAGCUCUGGUCACUUAGCUUGGUGGGUUUUGGUUUUUUUUAAUGCAGUUUUUUGGGGUAGUCAAAUGUUGAACUACUAGGCACACAAUCUUAAAAUAAUUUUGUGAGAGCAAAUCAUUGUUAAUUAUUUAUGAACAGGGAAUGUAAUUAAAAAGUAGUUUGUUAUAUAUUUUUAUCUUUUUUGGUACACUAAUCUCUUAAGGGGAUACUGUCUUCAUUUUCAAGUUUCAUUCAUAGACACAGGCAGCUUCUUGUUUGGGGCAGUUACACCAUAAUGUUUUAAGUAGUUGAGAAUGAGUCAUUUUAAUAUGUGGGUUAGUAUUUAUGCAUGAGGUUGGUCAAACAGUUGUCUUACUGAAGUAGAAGACUAACAAGUGUGUGUCACUUUCCAUAAGAUGGCUCUUGCAGUUGCAUAAAUGAGAACUGGGGUAUGUAGCAGAGCAGAAUUUGUUUUUCUGGUGUACCAAGGCAUUCUUAAAAUAUGGUCCCUUGACACGUACCUUCUGGCCAGUGUUUAUUUUCACUAUGAGCAGAAGCCUCCUGCUGUAUUUCAGUCACUGUCAGCCAGAAGCACUCCAGAAGCUGCUCUGUACCUUAGUCCCGCCAAUUCAGUGCCCGUCAACUGCAGAGAGAUUUUCUACGUGCUCUGCGUGCUUAUUUAAUGGGAAAAGUGAAAAAAAUAUAAUUGUGCAAAAAGUGGAACUGGGGAAUUGAUAGCCUGGUAGUCUUCACAUUGUGCCAUCUCCCACCUAUGUCUAGAAUGUUGUGCAAUAACCCAUCAGCUGUUAUAGCAGCAAACUGGUUAUAUGCAGUUUAUGUAUUUUACAGACUGCAACAGGACUGUGAAAUUAUGUGUUAUUUAAUUCAGCUUUCUUACCUACUACUCCCUUUUAUGUAUGCUUAGAAAGAAAUGCAAAUCUGAAAAUUGUAAUAGAAUAACCACUUACUGUCUGUAAAAGUAGUGCUUCAUUGUGUUGUCUAAUCUGAUAAGAACCUCAAGGAUUUCCCAUAUAAUGUCAUUGGUGAUGAAAGUUCUGCCUCCUUUUAAGCCUGCCUUGUUCUUUAUAUGACAUCCGACACAGUUUGAACAGGAGGGGAUCACACAUAUGUGAGGAACCCAGUGCCAUUAUGUGCAGUGACAGUAGUGGGUCAAACUGUCCCUGUCUCACACAGAAUUUGAAGCUGUGUUGGAAUUGCUUCUUACUGGUUUUCUGAGAGAAGUGUGGCACAAUGCAGUACAAAGAGACAACACUCCUCUGCAAGUGAAACCAAACACACCCUUUUUCAUGUAGUCGUCUACAUACCCUUUUUAUUUCCCUAAAAUCUUUGCAGACUCUUCAUUCUCCUCCUAACAUCAUCCAAUCGGCAAGAGCGUACAGGCACAUUUAAGUUAACAUAUUCUUCUCUCACCAGAGUAGGAGUUCAUGAAGGUGGCAGAGCUCGCAGAGAUUAGGAAUCAGAUUGCACCUGCUGCUGAGUCUUUGCCUGUGUGGGCUCUGGCAACUCCAUAACACCCCUUGGGGCAGGAAUAUAUCAUAUUUCUUCUUUUGCAUGUUGAAGUGCAUUUUUGAGAAUUGUUGCUGUUCUAUGGCCUCUUCUUCUGUAACGGAAAAGCCCCUACUCUCUCUAACAGCAAUUACCAGUAGAAACCAACAGCAUCGUUAACCAAGGCCUUGACAGGCUUCUCUAAGCACAUUGUGCUUAGCUUAUGGGGAUAACUGUUGUACCAAAACUUUCUUGUCAUGGGCCUGAUUGAAAGUCAGCUGAAGCCAGCAGGUGCCACUUUAUUGCUGCCUGCGGAUUUCGGGUUGGGAUCCCUUGCUUCAUACAAAUCAGGUCAAUACGCAUCAUACAAAUGUGUAUACACUUUAUUACAGCUUCAAGGAUCAGAUGGGUUCUUGGUUCAGCAAGAGGAAAUCAUCUCAGAAAAUGUUGGUUGUCUGUGGAAAGUUUUUUCCGAUUAUUUUUUAAAAGGACUUCUAGAAAGUAUUCAGUAAUUGCAAAAUAAAUAAAACCAGGAUUUUGUUUGCACUGUAAUGUUGUCUUUGUUUAUUUAAGUGAUUGUAUGAUAUUUUUCCAAUGAAGGAAUAUUCUGCCCAGAAUUUUUAAUGUACAGUGAAAAUGUGGUGUGUUGCAGUGUGUAGUAUUGCAUAUAGGUGGAAGAUCUCGUAGCGAUCAUGCCUAUAUAGCACAUUAAAAGUUUAUUUUAAAAAAAA